AUGUCUAUCACAAUGGUUGCAGCACAAUUCUCGUCACUGAGAGAACGACAGGCUGCCGUAUCGCCGUCUCCCAAUAAACAUUGCACUACUGAAAGAGGUACAUCUGCCCUCGUUCCAUCACCACGAGCCGUUGUCCUCACCAUCAACAACAUACACCUUCAAACCGCCAAAAUGGUCAGCCCCUGCCUUGCUCUCGAGGAGGCCAAGAAGUUCCGUGUGCCUCCUCCCGUCGGCGCUGCCCACAGUAUCGCCCUACCGGGCUCUGCACAGCCGGGUCGCAGCGCUGUCUACCGACACUGGAGGGCCAAGGAUGGCGUGCUCGUCACCCUCGACCCGUCCAUCAAGACCGCUCAUGACUUCUUCGAGCAGAGCGCCGCUCGUGUCCCCAAGAAUCGCUGCUUGGGUCGCCGUGAGUACGAUGCUGAGAAGAAGACCUGGGGUCCAUACAUCUGGGAAUCAUAUGGCGACGUGCACAAGCGGAGAGCCAACCUCGGUUCCGGUUUGGUCGCCCUGCACGAACAGGUCGGUGUCACUGGUACCCAGUACGGUGUCGGAAUCUGGUGCCAGAACCGUCCCGAGUGGCAGAUUGUCGACCUGGCCUGCCAGUCGCAAUCACUCUACAGCGUCUCGCUCUACGACACCCUCGGCCCGGACACCACCGAGUACAUUGUCAACCACUCCUCCUUGACCUCGAUCGCCGCCUCAAUCGACCACAUCCCAACCCUGUUGAAGUUGGCCUCGCGAUGCCCCACCCUCAAGAUCAUCGUCUCCCUCGACCCGCUCUCCAAUGGUGAGCUCCCCGGCCGAUCGAAGAAGGACCUGUUGGACGCCAUGGCUGCCGGCACUGGCAUCACGAUCUACGACUUGCGCGAUGUCGAGAAGCUUGGCGAGACCAGCGGUCGAGGCUACCGUCCUCCCCGUCCCGAGGACAUUGUCACCAUCAACUACACCUCCGGCACUACCGGCAACCCCAAGGGUGUCGCGCUUACCCACUACAAUGCUGUGGCCGCUGCGUCCUCCUCCUUCUGUAUCGUCAAGCAGGGCGGUGACAACGACGUCAUCAUCUCCUACCUGCCCUUGGCGCACAUCUUUGAGCGUGUUGCCGAGCACUCCGCUCUUUGGGCCGGUAUCGGUAUCGGUUUCUUCCACGGCAACAUCCUUGAGCUGGCCGAUGACUUGAAGCUUUUGCGCCCGAGCUCCUUCAACAGUGUGCCCCGUCUCUACAACCGUUUCGGAGGUGCAAUCAAGGCGCUUACCGUCGAGGCCGAGGGCUUCCGUGGUACCCUCUCCCGCCACAUCGUCGAGACCAAGCUGCACAACUUGACUGAGCUGCCGAUCGAGAAGCGCACCAACAAGCACUUCCUCUACGACCGCAUCUGGGCUAAGAAGGUGCAAACUGCUCUCGGUCUGGACCGUGCUGCCACCAUGAUUUCUGGUUCGGCGCCUCUGGACCCCUCGCUCCACCAGUUCCUCCGCAUUGUCUUCGCCAACCAGUUCAUCCAGGGUUACGGUCUCACCGAGACCUAUGCCAUCGCCUUGGCCCAGCUCGAGGGCGACUUUGGCGCCGGCAGCUGUGGUGCCGUCACUCUGUCCACCGAGCUCUGUCUCUUGGAUGUGCCCAGCAUGGACUACCACUCCACCGACAAGCCCAACCCGCGUGGUGAGCUGCUCAUUCGCGGCCCGACCGUGUUCAAGGAAUACUACAAGAACGAGAAGGAGACCAAGAAGGCCUUUACUGACGACGGCUGGUUCCGCACCGGUGACAUCUGCGAGGUGGACGAGCUCGGCCGCUUCCGCAUCAUUGACCGUGUCAAGAACAUCCUCAAGUUGGCCCAGGGCGAGUACGUCAGCCCCGAGCGCAUUGAGAACGUCUACUUGGGCAACUGCCCGUGGUUGGCCCAGGGCUACGUGCACGGCGACAGCACUCAGUCGACCCUCGUCGGAAUUUUCGGCGUCCAGCCCGAUUUGUUCGCCGUUUUCCUGCAGAAGCAGCUCGGCAUCACCGUCAACCACACCGACAUCGCUGCCCUGACCGCCGCGGCCGCUGAUUUGAAGGUCCGCAAGGCUGCGCUCCGUGAGCUCGGCAAGGUCGGCAAGGCCGCCAAGUUCAACAACUGGGAGAACGUGCGCGACAUCCGCCUGUUGGUCGAGCCUUUCACCAUUGAGAACGAGCUCCUGACCCCUACCAUGAAGCUCAAGCGCCCUCAGACCGCCAAGCUGUACCGCAAGGACAUUGACGAGAUGUACGCCGCCAUCGAAGCCGCCGCCCCGAAGGCCAAGAUCUAA